UCGGGAGUUGGAUGGGAACCCCAUAAAGUCGAUGAAUCUGUAAGGUUCUCGCCGGAGAAAAGCCACUCCACCGUUAACCAGUAUUCCGCUAACAGUGAAGUUGAAUUUCGCUGGUGUUUCUCACAAGUAAUUGAGCUCAUUCAAUCGCGGGAGAGAUAUGGGAAGCCAAGAAAACGUUAAACAUCUCGAGGAGUGUUCAGUCUCGAAUGCGUUGGGAACUUGGGUAUUCUCAGUAGCAGGAGCGUUGCUAGCAAUUCCAGUGGGAAUAAAGAGGAAGUCUCUAGCACCCCUUGUGUUUUUUGGCACAACUGGUACAAUGCUUGAUAUCAUAAUGGGAAUUAGUGCCUGUGAGAGAGAGCAUGCUGAGCGUCAAAUGAAGCUAUUAGAAGAAGCCCAAAACUCUGCACCCGAACCCUCUGUUGCUGAAUCCCAAUCCCAUUCUUGACAUUGUGCUUACACGUUUGUGUCACCUUUGUGGCAUGGCAUGGCAUGGCCUGCCCUGCCCUAGGCUGAUUUCUUCAGCCUUCUUUCAAAACCCAGGAACAUUUCUGCCUUCACUUUAUUGUUUAGCAAUAAAAUGAUACUUUAGACCAAAAUUCUCUUGUUCAUGAAGGACAUUGAGAAUUUAGUUUCAUCGUUCCCUUGAAGAAAUCGUUCACAGUUUCAUUGAUUUUUCAACAAAUUUAAAUCCUGAAGGCUUAUCUUUCCCUAAGAAUCCCAGUUUGCAGCAUAUGGAUAAUUGCUUCACAUGAAGUUUGGCCUUGAAGGACAGAAAAAAAA